AUGCAGGCUCUUCCACAUGCAGACGAACGCGCCGAAGGGACUGACCCCCCAGAGGAGCGCGGACUAAAUAAACUCGCCAAAUGCGCAAGCGAGGUUUACCAACAGGUCAUCGAAAACACAGCCUGCGAUAGCGUCCAGGAAAGCGGCCCUGACCCACACCAUGACACAUACGAAGCGUACAAUUCGCAAUUGGCGUGCGGUGUGAGCGAAGACAUUUUUCCCUACGAAAGCUUAUCCAACAUUGAGGAGGACAACAACAACCACAACAACCACAACAACCACAACAACCACAACAACCACCUAACUGACAACAGCGGUCGCCGCAACAGUCACACUGACAAAACGGGAAGAAAACAGUUGAUCAACGAGCACCAGGUGGCCAUGGAGAAGGAACUCAUUUUUCAAAACGAAGUGCUACGGAAUGUGCUGAAGAGUUCCCACCAAGUGAAGGAGAUGCAAAGGGAUCUGUUCAACGUGGAUGUACGUGACUUCGUACCGGUAAUUCCUCCAGCACAGGGGCAAAGUGCAUAUUCUCUCAGACGAGACCAUCCCUAUCACGGUAACGAAGGGGGUGGAAAAAUCGAAGGGCAUCCGAAUUCCCACUAUGAUGGUCAUAUGGUCAUACGUCAUGGAGGAGACCACCAAAAGGUCGACCAUCGUGCGCCCAGCAGUAAGGGGAAGGAAGGCUCCUUCCCAUCGAAGACAAACAUGCACCCACCCAGAAUAGGCGAAAUCAAAGUGAACAUAGACGAUAUAAAAAAAGGCUUACUGACAUACUACUCGAACAUCUACUCCUUGGACCAUUACGAUAUAGAGGAGAGAAUUAAUAUAUUGAAGUAUGGUGAAAAAAAUAUUUCUGAACAUGUUCAGGCGAAUUAUUCCUACAAAAAAAAAGAACUUCCCUCAAGGCCUCCAUUUGUGCAUUACAAUGAUGAGCUUGACAACCCUAAUUCUCUAACGUACCAAAGUAUGUUACCUGACUACUACUACAAGGAAGGGGUUGGUUUUUCCAGGGAUCGAAGGGAGAAAUCUCACUUAUGCAGUACCAAUUUGGAGUACCACAACAAAAUGGAAAGAACAACGAAUGCCUUCAAAAGUGAAUAUGACCAUGUCGGACAGAUUUCCGAAUUGCUCACGAGCCUCAAGAAUAAGUGUGCCGACGCGAACUUCAGGGCACAGAGCCUGACGUCCAAGUUCGACCGGAAGUACGAGAACCCGGAUCACCGUUUCUGGCUCCACAACCUCGUCCCUAUGCACCUUAGAAAACCGGCACUGCACAAUGAAGACGGAAUCAGGAAUCACCUGAUCACGACCUACUCCCAACUGUACAAUGAAGCCGCAUUGAACAAGAAGAGGAUCGCGGCGUUGGAGAAAAAACUACAUAUACUGAAGCUGCGAGCGAACCUCCCCAUGGGGGGUUACCGAAUGGAGACACGCAAUGCGCUAUGA